AUGAACGCAGUCAGUAUUGGGGAGUACCAUGGGCUGCGGGUGGGCUUGGCCCUCCUCAGUAUUGUAUCCGGCUGCAUCAUCAUUGGCGUCUCUAAAAACUGUGACGCAGAUGCUGUGGGGGGAAUUUUCCUCGGAGCAGGAGGACUCGGGCUCCUGAUCUCUGUGUAUCCGUUUAUCAAAGCCUGGUUCAACAUCCACCACAUUUUACCAAACAUCGGAAACUUCAGAGUCCAUCCAAUGGCUCCAACUCUGGCCCCUGAACAGCCCUCUGACUCUCUCAAAAGAGAAGGGACUCUGGGUCAGCUUGAGCGCUCGAAGAGCCGCGUGGGGACGUUUGUGGAGGCGGGAGCUGCUGCAGCUGAAGACUCGCAGGAGGACGGACCCUCUACAGAUGUCCCAGAUAUUUUGGGCAAGCGUAAACCCAAACUCUCAGAGGUGGACCUUCCAUGAACAUCUGAAACUCAAACCAUUGAAUGUGUGAAAGAACAGAGAGAAUUAUAACAUAAUACCAGUUAGAUUCAGGCCUACAGUUUAAUACCUGUGGUCAAAACCGUGUUUGUGUGUAGAUGAAACAUGAAUGAGUUAUGUAUGUUAUUAGAAUGAACAUUAGGAAAUCUUGGCCAUGAGAUGCAUCUUCCCUCCUGUUGUGUAUCUUCACCCCAGGCCAUCUCUUUCGACUCCAGAUCAAAUGCAAAUGUGACAUUUAUUUAAAAAUCUCCAAUAUGUCUCAUUUCCAUUUCAGUGAUGAUCAAUGAUGUAAUCCUGAUGGAAGGUUUAAAACAAAUUGUUUUUGCUCAGAGGGAACAGAAUGAUUG